CUAAACCCUCAAUCUCGUGAGACCGAAAAAAGCCCUAGGAUUUUAUCGUUUGUCACGGUAAAAAAACGAGAAAUUAAAUUAAAAAAUAUAAAACUCAAUUGGGGAUUCAAUUUCAAAACCUAGCAUACGCUAAUACUAUUGAUUUUAACGAUUCGGCGGAGAAAUUGAUGUUCUUUAAUACACCGGUCCAGAUCUUAAACAUGUAUGAUGGGAAUGUGAAAAGUGGGGGAUUGGGGUUUACCUGUUUGCAUUGAAGGGUGGUUGAUGGAAAAUAGAACAGUGAACUCUCAUGGAGCGGAUAUUCCUAAAAAAUCAAGAUCUUUGGAUCUUAAGAGUUUGUAUGAGUCUGGUGAUUCAAAGGAGUUUUCUAGAAAAAAGAGCUUGAAGUGGAAAGAAAGUUCACAAGAAGGUGUUGCUGAAAAGAGGAGUGGUAAUAUUAAUAACAAGGGGAAGAAGAGUAGGAAUGCUCUGCCUCUCAGUAGCUUUAAAACCGUCAAUGAUAGCAAUAGUAGCAAGAGUUUAACCGAAGUGUAUAAUGGGGCCUUUUGUUCCGGGCUGCAUGAUCCGGAAAGCUUGAAGAAGGUGAGUUUGAGUCAAAAGUCAAAGAAUGGUUGCAGUGCUAAUGGCGUUUCACUUAGUUUGGGUGACAGUGGUACUAGUAUCCCGAGACGUAAACGUGGAAACAAGUUUGAAAACGGUCAAGUGUUGAAGUUGGAAGGGCGAUCUAGUAGCAUAGUUGGUGGUGUCAGUGAGGAAGUUAAGUUAGCUAGUGAAGAUUCCAGCACUGAUAAUGAGUGUUUGAAGGUUAAACGAGAGAAGCAUAUUGAUGUUUUUAAGGGAAAUAGAAGCAGUGAACCAAGUUCAGUUCAGCAAUUGAAGGAAGAAGAUGGUAUUGCUGGUUACUCAGGUGCAAACGAUAGUUAUGCUUCCUUAAAAAGGUCAGGGAGAAAGCCUAGAAAGAGGAAGGAUACAGUAAAAGGUGGUAAAAGUUUUUCUAAGAAGGCCGAGAGUUUAGUUGAUUGUCCUGUUAAGUCAUUUGAUGAUUUUCAAGAUGAUGAUGAAGAGAAUCUUGAAGAGAAUGCAGCAAGAAUGUUAUCAUCACGGUUUGACCCAAGUUGUACUGGCUUUUCCUCGAACAGCAAAGUAUCUUUAUCACCAUCUGAGAAUGGAUUAUCUUUUCUCCUGUCUCCGGGUCAGGAUGCUACUUAUGUGUCUAAGAAUUUGUCUGGUUCUGAAUCUGUGUCUGUUGAUGCUUCUGAUAGGGUAUUGAGACCAAAGAGAAGGCAUAAAGAGAAGAGAAAUUAUAGGAAAAGGCGCCAUUUUUAUGAAAUUUUGUCUAGAGACUUGGAUGCAAACUGGGUGUUAAAUAGAAAAAUCAAGGUCUUUUGGCCUUUGGACAAGAGUUGGUAUUAUGGCGUAGUCAAUGACUAUGACGAAGAAAAAAAACAUCACCACGUAAAAUAUGAUGACUGUGAUGAGGAAUGGGUAAAUUUACAGAAAGAGAGAUUUAAACUCCUGCUCUUCCCAAGUGAAAUUCCUAGAAAAUCUGAGCAAAAAGGAUAUCGGGGAGAUGGGAUCUCUGGUGAUAGAAUCAGGAACAUGAAGCUCAACAAAGAGAAGAGGAAGAGAAAUGCCAUGACAGAAGGUGCCAGUGGUAAUGGGAGCUAUAAGUAUUCAGAACCCAUCAUAUCCUGGUUGGCUCGUUCUAGUCGUUGUGUCAAAUCCUUCCCUUUGCAUGCUGUGAAGAGACAGAAGACAUCUGCUUUUCCCUCAGCACUGUCAGAUAGACCUGUCGAUGGUGGAAGGAUCAAGGAUUCUUCUUUGGGUAGCACUAGUUGCCCAAAAGACAGUAAACAUCCUAUUUUCUAUUUCCGAAGGCGAUUUCGUAGGACAGAAAAACUAAUGUGUCAGGCUUCUGAAAGCAGUUAUGGUGACGGUAGGGCGACUGAGCCUAUCACUUUCCUUGGCUCUGUUGAUGACUUUCAGGAUUUGGGGGAACUUGAUGUUUGUCCAGGAAGGUGGGAUCCUGAAGGAGAUUUAUUGUUUACUGAUAAUGCAGGGCUGUUGCGAUUAAAUAUGCCAUUGUUACAUUCAAAACAAUGCAGGUUUGGAUUGAACUUUCCUUUGCUAAAUGUCCCAAAUAACUUAUUUGGAGCAAAGAGCUUUUGGCUGGUUUGUUCGUUGUUGCUGCUUCAGUGUGGUAUGGUGAUGACUGUCUGGCCAAUGGUUCAUCUAGAGAUCCUUUUUGUUGAUGAUGAAGUUGGUCUAAGGUUUCUUGUUUUGAAGGAUCGCUGAAGGAGGCUGUAGCUUUAUUUUCAAGGUCCU